AUGAGCCGCCGGCGCCGUUCCUCGCGGGCGCCUGUGCCCCGGCUGGACGUCGAAGACCUUCUCCAGGACAUCUUUCUCCGCCUCCCUCCACAUCCAUCUUUGCUCCCUCGCCUCUCCCUGGUCUGCAAACACUGGCGUAGCAUCCUCUCCGACCCCGAGUUCCUCGACCGCUUCCGUAGACACCACCAGAACCCCCCGCUGCUCGGCUUUUUCGCCGGGGGAAACUACAGCAGGAACCACGUCUUCACCCCCGUCCUCGACCCGCCCGACCGCAUCCCCGCCGCGCGCUUCCCGCUGCCAUGGCGCAACAGCCCCUGCGAGGAGUGGAACUUCGUCGACUGCCGCCACGGCCUCGCCGUCCUGAUCAACGAGUCACGGCGCGAGAUCGUCGUGUGGGAUCCCCUCACCGACCAACAACGUGCUCUGGCUUUUGCACAAGAACUUGACGACGACAACGGGAAGAGGUACCGGCACGCCGCGGUGCUCUGCGCUGACCCCGAAGAUGGGCAUGUGCACGGCGAUUGCCUCUCGAGCCCAUUCAAAGUGGCCCUGAUCUCCGUGGGACGCAUGCAUGCAUCCGCUUGCCUCUACAAAUCGGAGUCUCACCGAUGGGGAGACAUUGUCUCGACGACCACUAGAGAUAACAUUUGUUUGGUAAGACCCAGCAUCCUGGCAGGGAACACACUCUGUUGGUUGGUUGGGUGCGUCAUCCUUGAGUUUGAUUUUGAAAGGGAGGCCGUUCGUGCGAUCGAGGCGCCCGCGGAAGUUUGGAUCAGCUAUACCGACUAUUGGUCUCUUCAACUCUUGCGGACCGAGGAUGGUAGCCUUAGACUCGCCGUUUUGUCGAAGCAGAAGCUGAGCAUUCAAUUAUGGGAGAGGAAAUUGAGCUAUGACGGUGUUGCUAGUUGGGAGCUACUGCAGAAAACCAUUCCGCUGGAGUUGCUCUUCCCAUGGAGAAUGUGUAGUGGUCACGAGAGGGUGCUGAUGGUGGGGUGUAAUGAGGACACAAGCGUGAUUGUUCUGUCUACGGUGAUCGGUGACUUCUUGCUCCAGAUUGAGCCGACGCAAAUCAGGAAAAUUUCUAAAAGAAACUACAUGUGUAGGAAGAUUUUCUAUCCUUACACAAAUUUUUAUACUGCCUUGUUGCCUAUAUUGCACAAGCAACAGUAA